AUGGUGGCCAGAUGCUCAAAAUGCUUAGGCUGCUCCAGAGGAAAUGGUCGUCAUUUCGAAUUUCGAGGUGGCUUGCGCGGCGCAGAGUAUGGUCUCAAUAUUCGGGUCUCAGGGCAGUGUACUGCUGACAGAAGAGAAGCUCGGAGAGCUUCUCGUGGGGGCAUCUCGGUGGUAGAGGUGCAAGCAGCAAAAUCUUGCGUUGCUGACUUGGUCCAGAGGACAGGUCUUUUCCCUACACCAAAUGUCGCUCGGAGAGAGUUGGGAGAUCGUUGGACAAGUAGCCGAAACCAACUGAAAUACCUCCUACGACGAAUCCGAGCCCGCCAACGUGAUGUGCCUGCUGCAGGAAGGAGGCAGCGAAUGAGGCUGGGAGAGAGCUUUGCAGAUUUCAUUCAAAGUCGACGCACUCUGGAGUGCUCCGCCCUUGCUGCUGAACAAGCAGCCCAAGCAGUCGAGAAGUGGGAUCGUGGCAGCGUAGACAAGAAAGAGGCACGCCGUCGAAAGUGGAAGGCCUUCGUUAAAAAGGACAUGGACAGACCCCGUGCCAUUUUGAAGACGUCGUUUCGACGUCUUUCCAGAGAUCUUCUUCCAAAAGAAUAUCGACUGUCUGCUGAAGCCCUUGAUUGUUUGCAUCAAGCAACGGAGGCGGCGAUGCAGCAGGUCAUGAAAGAAGGGAGCAUGAUUAUGGCACAUUGUAACCGCACAGAGCUGUACCCCAAAGACUUUCUCCAAAAGUUACGUCCAGAUGACGUUUGUUUUGCUGGCUGGAAGCCAGUUGGACCAUCAGCUCCUCGCGCACGUUCGUCCUUGAAGCCGCUGGCAGGCAGGACGUGUGUGUCUGAGCCCUUCGUUGAAAAGUUGAACAUUCUGUUUGCUUCCUCUGCAGGCGAGAUGAUGGAUUCUGUGGAGCUGGGGCCUGAAGAUGAUUAG